CCAAAAGGAGUACACUACGAAUAUGUAUGAGCAUUUACAUUCAUGAGUGCAUCCUCACUCGCAUGGCAUAUAAUAACUAGCUCGCGUCUCUCUACUUCUUCUGCCAUUAACGUUUCUUUGAUCAUUUCAGCAAAGCAUAGAGCAAAAUGGGUUUGAAGGAGGAAUUUGAGGAGUAUGCUGAGAAAGCUAAGACUCUUCCAGAAAAUACAACAAAUGAGAACAAACUUAUUUUGUAUGGCCUUUAUAAGCAAGCCACUGUUGGACCAGUGAACACCAGUCGUCCUGGAAUUUUCAACAUGAGGGACCGAGCAAAGUGGGAUGCAUGGAAGGCUGUUGAAGGCAAAUCGAAGGAAGAAGCCAUGAGUGACUAUAUCACUAAGGUUAAACAGUUGCAGGAGGAAGCCGCUGCUGCUUCUACUUAGUCUUGACCAUGUAUGCGUCCUUCCUUAUGCUCAAAAUAAUUGAAAAAAAAAAAAAAAAAAAAAAAAAAAAAAGAUUUCAAUAAUUAUCUGGAGUGGUGUAUUGUCUUGUUUCUGUAUUUUCUGAAUUAAUUUCAAACUUGUACUAAAAUGGAUUUAAAUUAGUUUGUAAUGUUGUGUUUAAAAUUUGCAAGUUCCUAUCAAAUUUCCAUUUUUAAUUUCCA